UUCCUAAGCGGUCUCGAGCACUGCAGUUGUCGUGUUACAUUGUGACGCGUUGUGUCGCAAUAACAUCCCGAAACUCCUCCUGGACGAACAAGUGUAGAAAAAAGUAGCGGUUUAUUUACCUGGAAACCGUUUUGAAAUAAAAUCGUUUCGCGGGUCUGUUCGCACGCGUGUGCCAUGUAAAACCGCAAAGAAACGCGUGUGCUGUUAACUGAUGGACGAUUUCGACCGAGAAAGUCUUACUUUCAGCAGCCUUCCGGUUUCUCUUCCCGUAGCGGUAUUCGUGCCUUUUUCUUGAAUCCAGUGCAGAUAUGCGUUGAGUGCCGUCUAAAAAAGCUGUCGGGGCUUUUUCUUUAACGAAGUACAUUUUUUUCAUUCUUUUUUUUUGGAUGAUGGAUUAAAGGCAACGUGUUUAAGUCGUCAAUCUUAGGAGCAGGAACAAGGCCAAGGCAAAGAUGCCGAUGGAAUUUUUGGAUCGACUUCCAAUCCCGAAUCUUCGGGUAUACACGGCGAUCAGUUUCGCCGUGUUAUCCUGUUCGGUUUACUAUGCCGCUGAAAUCAUCAAGGAUCCAGCGUGGAAAAGUAAUCACACUUAUGUGGAUACCGAAACUGAAUCGCCUACGGGCGACGUGGAAUCCGAUCCAAGGAAUUUCGCGAUACAUUUCAAGGAGCUGCUCGAGUGUAUGCUCGACGAACCCAUUUGUAUUUGGACACUUAUCAACAUGGCGUAUUGCGUGUUGAUCCUGCUGGGUAAAACGAUCCAGAAAUUGGUGUUUGGAGAACUCCGUGCCUCCGAGAGGCAACAUCUAAAAGACAAAUUCUGGAACUUUGUCUUUUACAAAUUCAUCUUCGUGUUCGGUGUGUUGAACGUACAGUACCUGGACGAGGUGGUUCUAUGGUGGGCUUGGUUCACCGUACUUGGCUUCCUAAGUCUGCUCAGUCAGCUUUGCAAGGAUCGAUUUGAAUACUUAUCCUUUUCACCAACAACCCCUGGCUGGAGUCAUGCAAGACUUCUAGGACUUCUUGCUACAAUUCUUGCGUUAUCCUCCUUUAUGUUGCUAUUAUGUACAGCUGCAGCCUUCUUCUUCGUCUCUUUCAAUACUUUUGUCUUCACAGCAGCCGAGUGCAUUCUGCUAGGCGUCAGAACAGUACAUGUAAUGGUGAGAUACAUUAUUCAUUUGUAUGACACCAGAGGAGCUGGAACUUCCUCGCAACGUUCUUGGGACAAGAGAGGUCCUUUGACGUACUAUACAGAUCUAGCAGCGGAGCUAAUAGUACUUGCUAUAGAUUUCCUUCAUCAUAUCCAUAUGCUGCUUUGGAGUAAUAUCUUCCUGAGUAUGGCCUCUCUUGUUAUUUGUAUGCAACUUAGAUACCUUUUCUACGAAAUACAAAGGAAGAUUACCAAACACAGGAAUUAUCUUGCCGUGUUAAACCAUAUGGAACAAAAUUAUCCAAUGGCAACGCAAGAGGAAUUAGCAGACAACUCAGACAACUGUGCGAUUUGUUGGGAAAAAAUGGAAACUGCUCGAAAAUUACCCUGCGGUCAUUUAUUCCAUAAUUCUUGUUUACAAUCCUGGUUGGAACAAGACACGUCUUGCCCAACAUGCAGGCUAGCUCUAAACAUGCAGCCCAAUCAUCGUGAGAAUACACAGGAAUUACCAAACGAACCACAGACACCAGCUAGAAGAAAUGAAAAUCAUUUCUUUCAUUUCGACGGUUCGCGAUACGUUUCCUGGCUGCCGAGCUUUUCUGUCGAGGUCUCUCACAAUAGACUGCGUGGAAAUAUUUCUACCAUUGCGCACAACAACUCGCAAAUGGAUACCAUGAUUAGACAGGUGCAACAGCUCUUUCCACAUUUCCCACGCAAUCUAAUUGUAGAAGACCUCAGGAUGACAAGAUCAGUGGAAUGGACUGUUGAGAACAUUCUUGAUGGAGUGUUGAUAUCGCCUCAUCAUUUAAUCGAGGAACCACAGUCGGAAUCCGUCCCUCAAAUCCAUACCAAUAUCACUGAGAUCAGUGCAUCGUUGAACACAGCCUCAACACCGCUACCCUCGGAUCCAAGAUUCGACAUUCCUCUUGCUGACAGCGGUGAGGAGCCUUCGAACAUAGGAGGACGUUUUUCAAAAUCCUCGUCAGAAAGAGAACAGAUCUUGCAGCGUCGCAAGGCACACAUGAGACUGGCUGCAAGGAGGAGAUAUUUUGAGAAACGCCGAAAAAAGCAUGAAGCCGAACAACGUAUUUCUGAUACCACCUCUUAAAAUAGGAAAAACAGAAAAAUAUAUGUCGAUAAAAAGUUUUGAUUUUUCAUGCUUCGUAGCGGCCAUCUUCUUCAAAGAAGAAUAUACGACUGAUUUUAUUUUUUUUUUUUGGAGUACACGUCCACCAACAACCACUUAUAUAUUUUUUUUCCUUUUACUUUACGUUUUGGUGUUUUACUUCAUUUUGCUUCAUUUAUUCUGUGAGUUGUUCCUAAGAAUUUUUUCAACAAUCUUAAUCUCCAUUACACUUAAAAAGGUAAUUUUUAGAGACAAUUAUUUCUUUUAUUAGUUCCUUUUCUGAUUUUCGUAGAAGCUGUUUCAAUUUAUAUUCUCAUGCAUAUUUUUAGUUUUAAACUUAACUCAUUUGUUCAAUUUUUCAGAAGCAGUUUUCUUCAAUACUGUACAAUUUUUUUUCUCUUUUUUAGGUACUUUUCUUAAGAAUACAUGUAUACCUUUUAUUCUUAAGAAAAAUAAGGACAAAUAACUUAAAGUAUUAACCGUUUCAUUCUUAUUAACGAUGUUAAGAAGAAUUAACUUAAAAGUAUUACUUGCCUAAUUAUUUUUUUUUAUUCUUUAUUUAUCAAAAUAAUUAUUAAGAAACACCAACUUUAGAAAUCUUAAUUUUUAUGCAGAACACGUUGUCUUGAUAUUCAAUCUUAGGUUGCUCAAGAAAUUAAUGCUUGGGAAUCUGUUAAAAAGCAAUAUUUUAAAAAAAUGAUAGAUCAUUUUUAUAAUUUCAAAGAAGAGUUACUUAGCAAUUUUUUAUUUCAUUUUUUUUUUAAAUGAUAAUUUUCUCGGCGAUCUUAAUUUUCUACUCGUAAGAAAAUUGAUUUUCUUAAGAAUAGAAAAAAAGAUUGUCACAGUUAAUAUCGACUGGUUGUGAAUCAUAUACUCAUUGGUGGAUUAGAGGACUGCUAUAAUAAUAAGAAUUUAUUGUUGAACAUAA